UAAUUCGUGUUUACAAAAAAUUGUCAUAGACAGUUGGUUUUUCUUUUUGCCAGAAACUCGUAGAAAUUAUCCAAUAUCCAUGUGCAAAAAUAAAAAACUACCAAAAGUCUAUUGAUUCCUUCAACUAUCUUCUCGAAAUAUGAUCAAUUUUAUUCACAAACAUGACUGACUCAAGUGAUGAAAUCGAAUUUUGCCCAAAUGUUGGCCCACACGAAGUUGCGGCUUCGGUCAAGUCCAAGGCAGUGGUGAAAUUCUCUUCCGUCCAGGUUCCGGUGAAGUUCAAUCGCUUGAAAUGCAACACCGAUCUGAAUCUUCCGCCUUCCAAUUGGUUGACUACCUCCGACAGCAGCUAUGGCCUCCAUAAGGCCUUAUAUCACUCGUCGGGAUUUCCUAGCUUUCGCAUGGCUCACAUGUUUCCGGAUUGCGUGGGAGAAGUUGAUGUUGUCUCAGAUGCGGAGAACAUCAAGAAGCUUCUCAAACUCCCAUACUCGAGUAAGAGCACCAUAAGUAUGAUGGUCCAUAAAGUGGGAAACACUCUACUCAUCGAUGAAUUCGACAUCCAGAAGUAUUUACUUCGCAAGGCGGACGAUGAUUGGCGCUGGUUGAGGACCUUCAUCCUCGAGACCAUUGUUUCGCUGCGGGAGAGUGACAGCAAUUUCUGUCUGAAGGACGAAAGCCGGGAGGCGAUCCAAACCAAGAACCUGCAAUCGAAAUUUCUCUAUCAUAGUGCAGGGGGAAACAAGUCUGCCAAGAAGCAGGCUCAAAACCUGGGACAUGUUAGCUCCAAGCCAUUGCCGAUAUUGGGACCUGUCCUACCAGAGCCCAAAAUCGAUGAGAAUGUUCCAGAUCCGAAUUCCUCCCAUGAAUUCAACCGCAACGUAGUGUGGACAUUCGAAGACAUCCGAAUGCUCAUAGGGACCGAUAUGCCGAUCUUCGGUGGGCCCAAUCGCCCAUGCAUCAGUUUACGUCUCCGAGACACCGCGAAGCCAAUCAAUGUUCUCACGGGAAUCGAUUACUGGCUUGACAAUCUGAUGUGCAACGUCCCGGAGGUCGUAAUGUGCUACCAUCUAGAUGGGAUUGUGCAGAAGUACGAGCUCAUCAAGACCGAGGACCUGCCCUAUUUGGAGAACUGUCAAUUCGCUCCUCAAGUCGUUCGGAAUGUAGCGCAAAACAUUUUGGCGUUCUUGAAGGCCAAAGCCACAAAAGCAGGACACACUUAUUGGCUGUUCAAGGCCCGCAACGAUGACGUCGUGAAGCUCUACGACUUGACAACUCUGUGCAAGAACGAAACCAAUUGCGAUCCGAAACUCGAAAACCCUUUCACUGUCCCGGUGGCAAUGCUGCUCUAUACCGUGGCCAGAAAUAUGAAGAACACAUCACCCAAGGUCUCAGCUAAGAAGGCAGGUUCCAUACGGGCGCUCCUUGACAACUGCAUCAAGCUGCUGCCCAAGGAGAAGUACCCCCAAAUCGUCACUUCCUCUCACUACAUUCUCUCCGAUCUGCACAUCCCCUCGGGAAUCGAUCCCAAAUGUCCCAAGUUCGAUAGUUCUGAUCUGGAUUCGGACACUCAGUCGGUGUACGAGGAUGACAACUUCGACUACGAUCCAUUUGAGGACGAACUCUUGGACGAGAGUAGCGACGUGGCUGUGAAGAACAUCUGCGACACUCUGAAGGAAUUCCAUUUAGACAUCAAUGCCAAAAAUCCCAGUCCUCCAUCUCCGUUGGUGGCAUCUGUGGAGGAACGAUGUCGAACUUCCUUGCAGCACAUCUCCGAGGGCAUAUCAUGUCUGCAGUUUUUCAACUGCAACGAAGAGCAGUUCAUAAAGGAGAGCGAAGAGCGGGCUAAAGAUGAGGAGAAGACAAGGAUUUUGCACGAAGAACAAAAUCCCAACAUGGCCAGACCCUUCCGACCGAUUCCACUGCCUUAUGAGACGCUUUGUGCCAGUCCACGCGAAGAAAGUCCCGAUAACGCCGAGUCUCUGGUGUCAGUUGCCGAAAAUAAACCGUCGAAGUCGAAGAAAAAGAAGCUUCGCAAGAACAAGAGCAAGGAAGAGCCUCAACCCUCGACUAGUAACAAUACCACUACCAGUAACGCUGCGGCAACUCUUUGUGAUGGAAAUAGCAAACAAAUUGCAACCAAUUUCAAUUCCCAACUUUUCGGAUCGUGGAAUGUUCAUUUGAAGUUGUUGCUGCUGGAGAAGGCGUGUUUGACCUAUGCAACUCUGGCCGAACACAAUUAUCUGUCGCAGAAGUUUGGUUUGUGCUUGAAGGACAUCUACAUGGCUUUUAGGUGUCAGGAGGUUGUUGUUAAGUACAUGACUACGAUGAUCUCGCAGAAGAGUUGUCUCCUUGGCCGGGCGGGUGAUUGUUUCCUGCAAAUAGCAAAGAGUGGAGAUUUAAUUGAGGAAUACCUAAAAGAAUAUUCGCAGGAGAACGAAAUCGAUGCAGUGAUUUAUGGAGAAAUCGAAAAGGAUCUCCAACAUAUUGAAAACGACAUCAUUGAACCGACUAAAAAUGUUGAGGAACUUAUGCUGGCCAGUUGUCAAUGCUAUGAAACUGCUCUACUGUGUGUAAGUUCAUACGAUGAAAUCAAUGCUCAAAAUGAAUUACUUAGGCGAUUAGGAAAUGUAAGAAAUGAACUUGGACUAAAAUAUAUGUACUGGGCUCAAGAGGAAUUUGCAAAACACAUGGAAGAAAUCACCAAUGCCAAUUUAAACAAAACUAAAACCAAAACCCAAGAUGAGACGAAAAAUACAAUCAAUAAUGAAGAUGAUGUUGAUGAGAUCAAAAAUUCAAAACCAAAAUCCGAAAAACCUUAUUAUGAGAUCUUAGCUACAAAAUCAUUUGAUUGCUUAUCAAGGGGCAUUGUGUCUUUCAGCAUGGUUCAAGAUAAUGUGAAUUUAGCAUUUUUAUAUUGCAACAUGGGACGUUAUAUGAGAUUCAAGGCACAUCUUUUCGUUACUGAUGGACAGACUGAUGAUUUACAAAAGAGAAAAUCCUUAUACCAUGAAGCAUUUAAAUAUUAUGAAAAGGCUAAAAUUGUUCUUGGAACCCGGAAGUGCAAUCCAGAUCUGUGGGAUUUGGUUAGUUGGGAAUUAUCGACAGCUAUGUUUACACUUGCUAAACAAUUGCAGGAUUUCAGCCCAAAUACAACUCCUGAAUUAGAGAAAGAAGUUAUAGAUUUACUGCAGAAGUCGUUAAAACUCUGUGAUACAGAAACACCAGGAGCCAAACAAAUUCUUUAUACUUAUCGUUCUGGUGUUUUGCACAAAAGAAUUGCUUCAUUUUACUACAAUCAAAUGCGCUCAAACGUUGUCGACAUAACAUCACUGCCAAAAACUUCCCUACAACUGUGCAAAUUUCACUAUGAAAAGGCAGCUACAAUUUUGGAUGGCUUGAAAGAAGCAAGUGAUUAUCUAAUUGUUCAACUAGAACGGAUUUCCCUACAAGAGUUCCUCACAGAAAUUUCAACAAAUUCAAAUCAUAAAAUAAAACACAUGCAAAUCGGACUGGAAUUAUGCCUUCAAUCUAAGGUCCUUUUUGAAUAUUCAAUGAAUUCCCUAGGAGACAAUCCAACAUCCACAGAUGAUUUUCUUCGGCAUUUGAAUCUCUUCGAGAGUAGACUGCAACAUGCACUCAAGACACUAAUCAAACUCCACAUGAGUGGCAGAGAUCCGAAGAAGUUAGCAGAUUGCUAUAAGAAAAUGUACAUGGAAACAUUGAAGAGCAAAGCCCCAGUGGAUAACACCAAUGGAGCUCUGGCAGCAUACCUUUUGGAAUUAACCAACAAACUUAUUCAAAUUGAAUCAGAACAUUCAAAAUGAAUUUCUUAUUAAACAUUGUUUGAUGAGCUCUUUUCUUUCUGUAGUUUAUAUUUUCUUUUCACACGACUUAAUAAUUGUUAGCUUUAAUAAUUUUAUCAUUGAGUAGUUUUAAGUUACAGUUUUGAUGUUGAUGUUGAUGAUGAUGAUAAAGAUGAUAACGAAAGAAGUUUGCGCUUGGCGUGUAAUAUUUAUUUAGAGUUCUUUUAUCUAGAGUAGCGCAGGUGUCACCAAAAGAAUACAACACACACAGAAAAAGAGGUGAACUUUUAUUUUUUUAUAACAAAUUCAUUGUUGCGCUUUUUGACCCAAUAACUUAGUUUCCAUAGGAAAUAAAAAAAAGAAAAAAAAAUACAAUGUUUGCAAAUUAAAACAAAAUUA